CAAUCUGGGGAAACACUUGGUUGGCUUACACCGUCCGGCCCCAGACACACAAACACACAAAACCACCUCGGUACUCGGUUCAUCCAUCUGGCUGCAUUGCAUAUGCCAUUUUACUCUGUGGACGACUUCUACUCGGCAUCAUCAACGACCUUUACUUUCCCGACGUAAUACAUAGAGUCUAACUUCUCGUUUCCUUAUAUCCGUAUUGACAUAUAGACCUCGGAAUUUCUCGUCUCUUCCUUUCCCUCUUUGAUAUUUCUUUUAUUGACAGCCUGGCCAGCGCCUUGGCCUUUGUUUUGUAAUGUUUAUCGCGCCUCUCCGAUUUCGGUUCGCUGCUUCAACUCUUAGAACUAAAUUCCCUGCCCCACCGGCUGCUCUAAUCACAUCCUUCAUGGCGCCCUCCAGAGCUCGGAAUCAUACUGCGGCUCUUCCCGCCGGUUCGUAAUAUCUCUUUUAUUUCUCUUUGGCU